AUGCGGGUCAAGCAAAUCUGGUUCAUGCAAGCGAGACUCCCAACAACAAUCGCUGCUGCCUCCCCUGAAAGACUGGCGGAACCUCCAGCGGAAGUACCUGCGAGUACCUCCACUGGGGGCGGUCGAACGGCGGGUCCUUCGGCAGGGAUAACGGUCGGAGUGGCUCUCGGAGUGGUCGAGGCUGGGAAACCGGGGAGCAGAGAAAUGGCCGGGAUGGUCGGGGUGGAGCCAGGGGUAGUCGGGGUAAGGGCUGGGAUGGUCGGGGUAGGGGUAGGGGACGUAGUCAAGAUAAGCGCCGGAAUGGUCGGAGUUGUUGCGGAACUGGUCGGGGAAGGGACAGGAGUGGUUGAGGUUGGGGCAGGGGAAGUCGGAGUCAUGGCAGGGGUAGUCCGAGUCGGGAUGGGGGUAGGGGCGAUCGAAGUGAGGGCGGGGGUAGUCGGGGCCGGUAUGACCGGGGUAAGGGCGGGGGUGGUUGGGGUAGGGUUAGGGGCGGUCGAGGUGCGGGCCGGGACGACCGGGGUGGUCGAAAUUGGGGCGGAGUUAGUAGGGACAAUAACCGGGGUUAGGGACGGGGUGGUCGGGGUCGGGACCGGUAUGACCGGGGUGAGGGCAGAGGCCGCCGGGGUUGGGGUGGGGGUCGUCGGAGCAAGCGACGGAGUGGUCGGGAUAACAGGUGGAGCUGUGCGAGGGCUUGACACUAAGACGCACUGCACGAGGUUGCCCCUGGGGACUGGGCAGAUUGAGGCCCGGCAACACAGGGGCGGCGGUCGUGGAAUUCCCAAUGGGAUGUCGAGGAAAGUACAGAGAAUGAAGUUGGCGGGGCAGAAAGGGGAUGAACCUGGGGAAAUAAAAGAAUCUUCGAAAGAGAUCUUACGCAGUAUUACAGUUUGGAUCUUGAAGUCAUAG